GAGGAGAAGAAGUUCACACGUGUUUCCAACAUGUCUGCCCGCCGUGUUGUUGUGUGCUGAGAAGACACGAGCUGUUUUGGAAACUAGUUUAGCGCCCGUUUUAUUUCAGAUUUUGUAUAUAAGAGUUGUCAGCGGCGGAUUGAAAGGGCUUUAAAGCCACAGAAUGGCUCAGAGGAAGAAGAAAUUGACGAAGAAGAAGAGACACACCGCCAGCAGAGAGCCGGAGGCUGAUUCUGACAGCGGAGACUUCGAGCUGGCUGCUGAAAUUAAAGACGAUGACACGCUGGGGAGGAAACUGCCCCGGUUCCCUGCUGCAUCUGACUGCUUGUCAGAUGUGGAGCCUGACACCAGGGAGCUGGUCAGAGCCCAAAACAAGAAGAAAAAGAAGUCUGGAGGCUUUCAGUCAAUGGGUCUCAGUUACCCUGUUUAUAAAGGCGUCAUGAAGAAGGGUUACAAAGUCCCGACUCCCAUUCAGAGAAAGACUAUCCCAGUGAUUUUGGAUGGAAAGGACAUAGUAGCUAUGGCCAGAACUGGUAGCGGCAAGACAGCUGCCUUUCUGGUGCCCAUGUUUGAGAAGCUCAAGGCCCCUCAAGCUCAAACAGGAGCUAGGGCCCUGAUCCUGACCCCCACCAGAGAGUUGGCCCUACAGACCAUGAAGUUCACUAGAGAGCUGGGAAAAUUUACUGGCCUCAAGACUGCUUUGAUCCUUGGUGGAGACAGAAUGGAAGAUCAGUUUGCUGCUCUUCAUGAAAACCCCGACAUAAUCAUUGGUACUCCUGGUCGUCUUAUGCACGUUGUCAAGGAGAUGAAUCUGAAGCUGCACAGUGUGGAGUAUGUGGUGUUUGAUGAGGCCGACAGAUUAUUUGAAAUGGGUUUUGCCGAGCAGCUUCAGGAGAUCAUUCGGAGGCUUCCAGACACCAGACAGACUCUGCUGUUCUCUGCUACUCUGCCCAAACUGUUGGUGGAGUUUGCAAGAGCUGGGCUGACAGAACCUGUACUGAUCCGUUUGGAUGUGGAUUCUAAGCUAAGUGACCAAAUUAAGCUGUCCUAUUUCCACCUGCGCGUGGAUGACAAGCCGGCGCUGCUGCUGCACCUCCUGAGGAACGUAGCGAAGCCUCAGGAACAGACAGUGGUCUUUGCUGCCACCAAACACCACGUAGAGUACCUCAAGGAGCUGCUGACCUCAGAAGGUUUAGAGUGUGCCUACAUCUACAGCGCCCUCGAUCAGACGGCAAGAAAGAUCAACAUCGGGAAGUUUGUGCACCGGAAAGCCAUGGUGCUGCUUGUGACCGAUGUAGCUGCUCGUGGUAUAGACAUCCCUCUGCUGGACAAUGUCAUCAACUACAACUUCCCCUCCAAGGCCAAACUCUUCCUGCACAGAGUCGGCCGUGUGGGACGUGCUGGCCGUAGUGGAACAGCCUACAGUAUGAUUUGUCCAGAUGAAAUGCCUUAUGUCUAUGACCUGCACCUCUUCCUGGGACGGCCUGUUCAGCUGGCAACACUUGAACACACACAAGAUUCAGAUGGUGUGUUUGGUCGUGUCCCUCAGAGCAUCUUGGAUGAUGAAAGUUCUCAUCUGAUCACGACUUACGAAAACUCACUGGAUCUACAGAACCUGCAUCGUGUCUCUGAGAACGCCUACAAGCAGUACCUCAAAUCCAGACCGAACCCCUCACCAGAGUCCAUCAGACGGGUCAAAAACACAGAUCUGUCCAGCAUGGCUGUCCAUCCAUUGCUCGGCUCUGGUUUGGAGAAAAUGGAAAUGGAACGUCUUCAAAUAGUUGAUGCCAUCAAGGGCUAUAAAUCCAAAUCGACAAUCUUUGAAAUCAACUCUAGCAGUAAAACACCAGCCAGUGAGGUGAUGCGAGCCAAACGCUCCAAGGACGCGCGUUUAGUGGACAAAUUCAGCAAACAGAGAGAAGACGUGGCUGCAGAAAGCCGGCUGCAUCAGCCUGUCAGCAGCUCCACCACUGCUGACUGUGACUUCACACAAACCACAGGCGAGGAGGAAGAUGAUCUAAAGGGGGUGUUCUCUGAGGUGGUGGGCGGUAAACGAAGAGGUCCAAUGGAAGACGGAGAAGGACGUCCAAAGAACAAGAGAAGCAGGCAAACAGGCAAAGAUGACGAGCAUUACAUCCCUUACAGACCUAAAGACUUCAACUCUGAGAGAGGGCUGAGUCUCGGUGGAGAGGGCAGUGCUUUUGAACAGCAGGCCUCCUCAGCUGUCCUCGACCUCAUGGGAGACCAGGAUGACCAGUUUAACCAGCACAAAAAAAUAAUGAAAUGGGACCGUAAGAGGAAGCGUUUCGUGAGAGACACAGGAAAAGAGGACCAGAAGAAGAAGAUCAGAACAGACGGCGGUCAGGUCAUCAGUAACAACAAGAACAGGAAGAACUUUUAUGAGGAGUGGAAGAAAAAAUACAAGAUCGACGAUGGAGGAUCUGGAUCAGAUGGUGAAAUAGGAGGAGGAGGAGGAAGGAGGCCAGGAGGAGGUCGAGGUCGUGGUCGCGGUCGUGGUGGACGUCCUGCAGCACCACAGGAGACACCUGGUGGCCGCAGAAUACGCUCAGAGCUGAAGACGAGCCACCAGAUCCUGACGCAGCGCAAGAAAAACCAGAAGCACCAGUUCCUGCAGAGUGGAGGGCUGAAGAAGCUCCGCAAUAAGAACAGGCAGUGGCUGGGAGAAGUUAAAAAGUCAGGAUUCGGACGAGGUGGCCAGAAGAAGGGCAAGAUGAAGAAGAGACUGUGAGGAGGACACAGAGGGCUGAAGGCACCGUGUGGAACUGGAGGAUGAGUGUUGUUCAGAUUUUCAUGGUGCCUCGUGUCAUUGUGGAUUAAAGGAGAAGGUGAGUUAUGGAAAGCAUAUCUGGACUGCUAAGAGGAACUUCAUCUUUUCUCAUGAUUGCCGACUAAACUCUACAUUUUUUGCAGAGUAGGUAAAGGAUGGCCCACUGAACAGGGUUUUCUUCUUGACAGUUUAAUCGGAGUCUUUUUGAGUACUAAAAUAUGUCUAUUCGAGUUAACAGAAAGCAAAAUACAGAUGUGAAUGAGACGAUA